UUCCUGCUGUUACAUGGCUGGGGAUACAAAGCAAAUGCUAAAAUGCCAUAUGUAUCUCCAAGAAUUCGUCCAACGGAUUCCUAUGCGGUGGUUCUUCUAUAUUAUUUCUUUUCUCUGACUAUACCCACUUAUGUAUAGCUGAUACCACUAUGUAUAGUUAAAUUGCUAUAUUUUGUUUAUUGAUAUAACAUGGCGGAUGAAGAUAUAAAUUGUGAUUCUGAUGGAGUUCAGAAAGAAAAAUUACAGAAAAAAGUCGCAAAAUAUGAUAGUGGAGCAGCAGAUUUAGAAAGAGUGACAGAUUAUGCUGAAGAAAAAGAAAUAUCUUCAUCUGGAUUUUCUUGUGCACUUACGAUAAUUGGUGAUAAACGUAAUAAAGAACAAGCUGAAAAAAAAGCGAAGGAAAAGGAAUUAUUAAAAGUUUCUAUAAAAAAAGAAGAUGUUGAUUUGAUUAUGAAAGAAAUGGAAAUCAAUCGACAGUUGGCAGAAAGAACACUCAGAGAACACAGAGGAAAUGUUGUCGAUGCACUUGUUACAUUAACUAAUUAGUAGUCGCAAUUUAGCACCGACAAUUUUUAUCAACAAAAUUUAUUUAAAUUCUCUUAUAUCUUAUUCAAAAGCUAUUUGAAAUAUAGAUAUUAAUAAGAAAUGUAAAUAUUAAUUUAUACAAAUGGAUGAUAAUAACACUAACAGUAUGAUAUCUAUUUAAAAACUUUAUCAUAAUUUUGAUUACCGAACGAACACCAUCACAAACUUACCAAAUUAAUAAAGAAAUAUAAUUAAAAUUUGCAAAAAUAUUUUCUUCAUGAUUUUAAAUCGAAUGAAAUGAAAUUGAAAAUUUUCAAUCAAAGGGAAAUGA